AUGACUCUAGACUCCUUACUAAUAAUUAUAAGCAAAGGGGAGCGUACUGAGCAGCAACCGUAUUUUGAGUUGUUCCCCUUUGACCAUAAAAUGAUUUACAAUCGCCGUGUAGAGGCCUCUUCUGAUGACAGUCGUCAGUGGUACGAGGUGAUGCUUGCCCUGGCGGCCAAAUCAGCUUGCAAGCAAGUCCUUGCUUCUGCUGUUCAUGAAUGGAGAGAUCACAUUCGGGACUGGCGUGAAUUGACCAGUGCCAUCAACAAGUCUGAGGAGCGUAGAGAGCUUCCUACCAUACCACAACCUACGCAUCAGAUUGAGUGGCUGGCUAGAGUCAAUUUUAAGCACAGACCAGUGCGCCGUGACGUACCAGAACAGAGACGUCACAAAGUCUCCAAGAAACAGGACUUGAAUUCUUCCCUUUACGUUUAUUGAAGAGGAGAAUUCUAUAUUGGUUAUAUGUCUGCAUGGUCGCAAAUGUCACAGAACGACACAACCAUCUCUGUACCACUGGGCUCGACUUUCAUGUUUCACACCCCCUAUGUAUUGCAUUCUGUUAGCGUAUAAUGGGGUUGUGUAUGUGACUGUAUAUAUGUUACAUAGACAAAACAAUCGAAGCAUGCAUUGCAGAUGUACUUAUUAUUUGGGAAAGUUUUAUUUUCCUUUAUUAGGCCGGCAUGGACCCAUAAGUUUUAUACCCAUCACUCGGACUUGAUGACAGCGCCCCUUUUUACAUCAUAUAGACUCAAUAUAACACGAUACAUUCGCUGGAUGCAUUGCUAAGUAAACAGUGUAGUACCAUUGUGUUCUUGCCUGGUACUCAUGCCCCUUUUUUCACUGCAUUAUGGAGCCAUUGAUUUGUGACUACCGGUACAUAGAAAAUGUCUGCUACUAUAUAGAAUGGAGUUGCUGUCUCCGGGUGUUUCUUCUUGACAAAGUUUUAUUUGCCUUUAUUAGGCUGGACAAUGUGCACCUCUGUAUAUAGUACUUGCAUGAUCUUUUCAUUGCUGAAAUAAAUUUUUCUUUAAAAAUGA